AUGCAUACUCUUUGUGCUCGAGGAACGAUGAAACCAGAGAUUAGCGCCGCGGUCGGAUUUCUGUCGAGAUUUCUGCGGAUAAAAGGACACGUAAAUGACCGACAGCUUCAGUCAUUCAGCGCAAGUUUACAGGAUAUCUUGUCAGGUAAGACAUGUGUUUCUCGUUUUCUCCUACGUUUCCUAGGCUACUUUAGUUCAUGACCUCUGUUGAUGUUGUGUCUUUGUGUGUGUUUAAUAAUAUAAUUGUAACGAAUUGUUGUGUUUUAAUCCCUUACGGAAGGGGAUUUGGGUCUCUCUUUGUUCACAAACUAACACAAGCGCACCAAAGCGCCCCCCGAUCAUUUGCUCACGGAAAAAAGAGACACAAAUAGAUAGUGAACAAUAAUCUUCAACACAAGCGUCGAUCGAAUCAACCAUUUUCUAUUCUGAUACCUCGUCGCUUUACUCAUGUUUCGAGCUUAGUUACAAUGCAAUAACGCGGAAUAAAGGCUGAGUUAAAAUGUAAUAACUUGGCCUGACUUUAUUUGUUCCAACAAGGAAGUGCACCUUUCGGUAGCAGCAGUUCAGUUGGUCGAUAAACUCUUACCAUAAAGAAUGGGGUAUUCAGUCCCCAGUGAAUUGAUGUAGGCUAUGGAAUUACGUAAUGCAGACAAGAAAACGUAGGAGGAUAUUAAUUUGUUCAGGCAAAAACAAAAAUAUUAUAACAUUUCAAUCAGGAAAAUAACACUCAUAGGAUUAUGAUUAUCUUUCUUAUAAGCGUAUUAUAGCCUACAUUGUUUACUCGAUCCUCUUGAGCGAGCCUCAAUCGAAUCGAAAUUAGAGAACGAAAAGGUAAAUAAGAAAAUGCAGAAUAAAUAGCCGUAUAGAUUCCCUCCGUUAACGAACAUGUAUGAAUAAAGAAAAGCUUUAUUAUUAUUUUAUUUUUUUAUACAAUCUGUUCCAAUGUAGACAUUCUAGCUAAAUUAAUACCUCUGUAAAAAGGACACAUAAAUAGAUCGACACAGCCACUAAAACUAUGCGUCAUUGACUGCAUUUGUUUUUGUACAAACCACUGAAAUAAAUUAUUAUUUAUAUUUCCUGUUGUAAAUAUACAGACAGAGGUUUUAACAGUCUAAAACUGGCAUACAUCUGCCACAUAACACCAAGUGUCUGUCCUUCUAAGCACUGAACACCUACCUCAUGACCUCAAUUUUAACAUGUUUUGCAACAGCUGUAUCAUCUGCAAAACCAUUCACGUUCAAAUUCAUAUAAUUUUAGAGCGUUUCACAUGUAGGCUACACAUUUAGCGUAUCAGGUUAGAAAAUGUUUUCUUUCUAUUCAACACAAACUCUUAGUUUACAAUGCUAUUUUCAACUAACACCAUUUUCCGAGGCAGUGGCUUUGUUUGUGCAGGUUUUGCAUAGAAAAGGGGUGGAAGCUGUAGUCUGAGCAUAGCUCUAGGUCAGUACACUGUUUGUAAACAGCCAAAGUUGAAGGCAGACUGAGCAAAAUGGCCGCUGUCAGAGGGGAAGUGGUAGCAGUGGGGUUCGGGCUGGAAGAGGAUAUCAUAGGGGGAGGAGAGUAGGAAGGACAUAAUCUAAUCAAAAAAGUUGCAGAGGGGCUUUGUGAAGUGGCCGCCCUCCUCCUUCACCCCCAUUUUUCAUUCGUCUUCAGAGUGAGCAUAAACAACACUGCAAGUUUACCGCCGCCUCCCUCCCCCCCGGGCCGCUGCUGAAGUAGGCCAACCAUCUCACUGUUGUCCUCUUCAUUAUCACAGCCUAUUGUGUCUGUGUGUUCAAUAAACAGGCUUUGUGUGUGUAUAUGGGGGAGAAGGGGGACUUGCUCUAAAUAUCAUGAUUGAAACUGUGAUCAUUGCCUAACGGUAGUUAGUUACCCAUUUUGACUUCCUGUUUACCAGUAACCUGCUUAACCAAGGAUUGAGCUUUGACACAAUCAGAAACUGCCAUCAUUCUGCCAACCACACCACCACAAACCAAUGGAAAUCACCCAAUAACACACCAAACAAAGCCAACUGUGUAUUUAAGCCAACUGUGGUCCUCUGUAGCUCAGCUGGUAGAGCACGGCGCUUGUAACGCCAAGGUAGUGGGUUCGAUCCCCGGGACCACCCAUACACAAAAAUGUAUGCAGGCAUGACUGUAAGUCGCUUUGGAUAAAAGCGUCUGCUAAAUGGCAUAUUAUUUAUUAUUAUUAAUAUUUAAUAAAAAGCCUCCACACAUUUUAUUGCCUAAUAAUGUCCUUAGGGCACGUGGGUUUAAAGAAGCACUGGAAAACUACUUUAUUUAAAUAAAUACAAAUCUGAAGAUAUAUAGUUGAAACUCAUCUGUUUACUUUUCUAGCCUCUCUCCCUCCCCAGUUCCCUGGUUUUAGAAUAGGCCCCUCCGCUCUGACUGUUCUCAGCAGCCCUGGGGGCACUUAAUUGACCAACGUGUCUUUUGUGGUGCAAAAGAUCAUCCUAUUCAUAACUGCCUUGUGCUUUUUCACAAGUGCCAAGCCCUCCAUUAGGCUGCAAUACACAGCGUUCUGCUGAUAACACAAAGGAGACAUUAUCUACCAGAGGUGUUGUGCAGGAAGGGUGUUCUCCGGGCUCUUGCCUAGUCCAGAGGCUUUUCACAGCAGACAGGCAGGCAGCACAUUCAGUUUAGCCGCUAUGCACCAAUGGGGUAACUCGAUACUGAGGAGUCUUAAGUGGAGAAAAUAGGGCGAUUGGUAUCACACGCACACACAGAUGCAUAUCCAACACACACACACACACACAGUACAUAUACUGUAUAUAUACAAACACACACUAGACACAGUAAAUGUGAGUAUUGUUAGAGAUGUUAGGUUAAUUUAGACUUAUUUUUCCCUGUUAGGCUACUGUUAUACUAUGAAAGCAGCAGUCAUGCGCAUCUUCUAAAAUGAGUUAAUGGGGAAGGAUUGAGAACUCUUGUCUUUCUUGUGUUCUCCUUAAAAUGAGUAACGUGACCUCUUCCCUGUCUCUCUCUUCCCUGUCACUUAACGCCCCUUUAAACAUACCAUACGAAUGAUACCACACUGAAUCACCAACGGGUAUGUGGACACACUCGCCACAUACACACAAGGUCUGGCCAUAUUAAAUGGGACGGUGUGGGUUUAAUAGGAGGUGUUCUCCAGCCCAGAUUGCUGGGCAGGACUUCACCAUCUCAGUGUUGUUGUUCAGCUCUGUUCGAUGGAGGACUUUGUGCCGCUCGGCCAGGAGGGGAUUGUGCAAUCAAACGGCUGCUUAUCAGCCCCAUAAGCAGACACUUAUGGUUUUUUACUGCGCUACAACAAAGCCUGCCCCUGUCUGCAGUCUGUUUUACACACACAUACCGCACACACACACACACACAUUAGUAAGUGGAAACUUACAGGAGUGUGCUAAGUAGUUGGUCAUUAUAUCAUGUAACCCAAAUACCAAUAUAAAUAGUUUAUGCUUUAUUACAUGGUAAUAGGAAUAGCAGAUAAAAUAUUCCAAUGGAAUCAUCUAUUACCUACAAAGGAAUAAAACCUUUAUUAAAUCAAAAGAGAAUCUAAAGCAACAAUACUUUUCCAUAAUAAUUAUUGCAGGGUGUUUAGCACAGUAAAACAUAAUCAUUAUUGCAGGGUGUUUAGUACUGUAAAACAUUUUCAUUAUUACUGCAAUUUUCAAUGGAAUCAUGUAAUUUAUUAUCUCUAAGUAAUCCAUACCACAAUCAAAAGAUACAUCUAAAGUAAUAACAUUGAUAGAUUAGUUAUGUGUGCUUAGAACAUCAUAAACAAUUAUUACCUUUGACCCCUGCAACUCUAAAAUAAAAUAAAACUUGAUUAUAGUUUGAUUUGAGAUACAAUUACUUAAACUCCAACUAUGCGUCAUCCAGUUAUUUUUCCAGUUAUUGCUUGUAUAUACCCCAAUUUAUGACCUUAUUCAAUGUUUAUCAAAACACAUGCAUCCUUAUCUCGCAUAACACACACACCCACACACACACUAGGAACUAAGGCCGAUCAGGUGCAGACAGCUGUGGACCCCCGCUUCUCUCUCAGAUAAGACUUCUGAAAGUAGCAGAGAUUUAGCUUACUGGCUCUCACCAGACAACGUCUCUUACUUCUCUCCCUCUUUCUUUCUCUCCAUCUCUCUCUUGUCUCCUCAUACAGUACUGCACAAGCUCCACUAUAGGGUAACCGUAGAACAACAGUCAACCCCUCUGUGCCCUUUUUUGGCAAUACAAACAAUACCAUGGUAACCUAAUAGUGAUCCAAUGAUGAUGAAACUCAUGGUAAGCCGAUAAUAACCUCUCUCUUUCUCCACAGAGCAAUACAAGCACCACUGGUUCCCCGACAGGCCAUGCAAGGGCUCGGGCUACCGCUGCAUCCGCAUCAACCACAAGAUGGACCCCCUGGUGGGGCAGGCGGGCCAGCGCAUCGGCCUGACCAUCAAUCAGCUCUACCUGCUGCUGCCCAGUGAGCUCACCCUCUGGGUGGACCCCUUCGAGGUGUCCUACCGCAUCGGUGAGGACGGCUCCAUCUGCGUGCUCUACGAGUCCCAGCCGGGGACCCUGGCGCCGUCGGGAGUCGGCGUGGUCACCUCGGCCCCCAUGGUGGACAGUCACAUCAGCUGCAAGGAGGCGGCGGGGAUGCUGGGCAGGACCAGCCCUUCCAAAGCCUACAACAUGAUGACUGUGUCCAGCUAA